AUGACAGACUCUACUUUCCCUCCUGCAGCUGAGUCAGAGCUUUUGCUAGACAAGGGUCGUAAAAUUGCAGACGAAUGCAAAGGAUUACCAAUUGCAAUUGCUGUUAUCGCAAGUAGUUUGAGGGGAAAACAACAUCGGGAAGAAUGGGAUGUUGCCUUAAAAUCCUUGCAGAAAUAUGCUUCAAUGCAUGAUAUUGAUGAUGAUGAUGAUUUGGUUAAAAUAUAUGAAUGCUUGAAGUUUAGCUAUGAUAAUAUGAACGAUGGAAAGGCAAAGAGACUAUUCCUGCUGUGUUCUGUAUUUCGAGAAGAUGAAAAAAUUCCUACUGAAAGUUUAAUCAGACUUGGCAUAAGAGCUGGCCUUUUCGGGGAAGAUUAUGGCAGCUACGAAGAUGCUCGAAGUCAAGUAGUUAUAUCCAAAAAUAAACUCCUAGAUUCUUGUUUAUUGUUGGAGGUCGAUGAUGAUACAGUGAAAAUGCAUGACUUGGUUCGUGAUGCAGCCCAAUGGAUAGCAAACAAAGAGAUUCAAACAGUAAAGUUGUAUGAUAAAAAUAAAAAAACAAUGGUUGAAAGGGAGAAGAGUAUUAAAUAUUUGUUAUGCGAAGGAAAGCUAAAAGACGUGAUAUUGUGCAAGCUUGAGAGUUCAAAGCUCCAAAUUCUAAUUACACUUGAUUUGGAUAUGUGUGAAAUUAAUGAAUUUCCAGAAGGAAUGGAAAAACUACCGAAUCUUAGAUUAUUGAAUUUGAGAUUUUGUGAAAUUAGAAGGAAUAAUCCAUUUAAAGUGAUUGGAGGAUGCUCCUCACUUGAAGAGUUGUAUUUCAUAACCAGUUUUAAUGAUUGUUGCCGAGAAAUAUCCUUCCCAAUGUUACAAAGAUUUAUAGUGGAUGAUAAUGGGAGAUUUGUGGAUGAUUCACUAUCAAAAUGUGUGUCUCUUUUACAUCAAAAAAAUGAACAUUUACUCUCUGAAAAAAAACUCAAGGAUUGUAUUCAAGCAGCAGAGGUUCUUGUACUAAGAGGAAUCUGGCGGGGAUGGAUAAAUAUCAUACCUGAGAUUGUUCCUAUGGAUCAUGGUAUGAAUGAUCUAGUCGAGCUUAGAUUGAGUUGCAUUCCAAAGCUUAAGUGUCUCAUUGACACUAAGCAUGGUAAUUCUCAAGUAACAAUUGUGUUCUCCAAAUUAGUUAUACUAUAUUUGGAUGAAAUGGAAAGUUUGGUAGAAUUGUGCAAUGGUCCCCUUUCCUUUGAUUCUCUCAUGAGUUUAGAGAAGCUGAUCAUCAUCCGCUGCAAACAAUUGCAAGUCUUAUUCACGUGUAACCUAAACCUCUUCAAUUUGAAGAGCUUGUCAUUGAUACAAUGUCCGAUGUUGAUCUUUUAUUUGUUGCUCUUUGUACAUGUCCUUUAA